CUAUCGGGUUGGGUUGAGGCGGCGCGAGCUAUCAGGUUAGGUUGAGGCGGCGCGAGCUAUCAGGUUAGGUUGAGGCGGCGCGAGCUAUCAGGUUAGGUUGAGGCGGCGCGAGCUAUCAGGAGAGUCAUGAAAAAAGUACUGGAACUUCAGCAAAACCCUCACUCUUCCUUCUCUAAAAAUCAAUGUUCAGAAAAUGAGACUGACAGUCGCUUAUCAGCACUGCCUGAAAAGCUCAAGCAGAGACUACUUCCUUUCCAAAAAGAAGGGAUCAAGUUUGCCCUUGAGAGAAAUGGCAGGUGCAUGCUUGCAGACGAGAUGGGCCUUGGGAAAACUAUUCAAGCAAUUGCAGUAGCGUACAUGUAUAAAGCGGAAUGGCCCCUACUGAUUGUGGUCCCAUCUUCUCUCAAGUACCCUUGGAUAGAAGAGAUUGAAAAAUGGAUCCCUGAAUUGAAUCCUGAGGAUGUCAAUCUUAUUGACAAUAAAACUGACAUUGGGAGAAUUCAAACCAGUAAGGUCACCAUAUUGGGUUAUGGCCUUUUAACCACAGAUGCACGCAUGUUAAUAGAUGCUCUCUGUGAACAGCAUUUCCAAGUUGUUAUCGUUGACGAAUCCCACUACAUGAAGUCACGUAAUGCAGCACGAAGCACCAUCUUGGCACCUAUAGUGCAAAAGGCCGCUCGAGCAGUCCUCUUAACUGGAACUCCUGCACUGGGUCGCCCUGAAGAGCUUUUCAUGCAGAUUGACGCUUUGUAUCCACGGAAAUUUGGGACUUGGUCUGAGUAUUCGAAGAAAUAUUGCAAUGCUCAUGUUAGGUAUUUUGGCAAAAGAGCUCAGUGGGAUUGUAAAGGAGCCUCCAACUUAGAUGAACUUCACCUCUGCUUGAGCAAAAUAAUGAUCCGCCGAAUGAAAGAUGAAGUUUUGACACAGCUACCGCCCAAAGUUCGACAGCGAAUUCCAUUUGAUUUGGGAAAAGAUGCUUCUAAAGAAAUGAAUGCCAGCAUCGAGGAGUGGGAGAAAUUAAUGAGAAAGCUGCAUUCGUGUUCUACAGAGACCGAUAACCCCUUUAUACAAGUCAUGGGGCUCAUCACUCACAUGUACAAACAAACUGCUAUUGCAAAGGCAGGAGCAGUGAAAGACUACAUUAAAAUGAUGCUGCAAAAUGAAAAACUGAAGUUCUUAGUGUUUGCUUAUCAUUUGAGCAUGCUCCAAGCUUGCACGGAAGCAGUCAUAGAAAAUAAGGUGGGGUACAUCCGAAUAGAUGGUAGCGUCCCAUCGUCAGAAAGGAUUCAUCUUGUCCAUCAAUUUCAGAAUGAUCCAGACAAGCGCGUAGCAAUUCUCAGUAUCAAAGCUGCUGGUCAGGGUUUAACCUUUACAGCUGCUACACAUGUUGUGUUUGCUGAGUUAUACUGGGAUCCUGGUCAUCUUGUGCAGGCUGAAGACAGAGCUCACCGGAUAGGUCAAUCCAGCUCAGUCCACAUCCAUUACCUUGUCGCCAAAGAAACCAUGGAUACAUUCAUGUGGAGCAUGCUAAACCGCAAGACUUGUGUUACGAGUAACACAUUAAAUGGGACAAAGAAAUCUUUGGAAAUCGAGGAGGCAGACAAUGAGCAGUGGGAUUUCCUGAAUGCUGCGAUGGCCUGGGUGCCAAAUGAUAACCUGCAAGGGAGCCAGGAUGAAAUGUUCUUCACUCAUUUUGAGAAAGAAAAACAACAUGAUAUCCGCUCGUUCUUUUCAUCAAAACGUGAUCCUGCAGAGAAACGCAAGAGGACUCCAUACAAGCUGGCAUCCAUCAAAUCCUCUGACUUGUUUGAGCUACAAGAAUUAACAGAUUCCCCGAAAGCAAUUCAGCACCCACAAGAACAGCUGAGUGGAAAAGAACCUGGUAAAAAGGACAUAGAUGAAGCAAAAUCCCAAAUAAAUGAUGCCGAGAGGUUACUGGAAACCGAUUUUGAGCCACAAACUAAACGGUUUAAAUCUUCAUCCAUGCUAGUCCGAAACGAGGCAAGAAUGAAAAAGAGAAUGUCUGAGGGUGGGAAGAAACCAUCCCCACGCAGAGUGCAAGGAACUCAAAGGCUUCUGGAAGAUGCACAGCUGCCAAAGAAGCUAUGUGAAAAUGAAAAGUGGAACUGCAGUGCAUGUACAUACGCCAAUAAUUCCUUAAUGCCUUACUGUGAAAUGUGUGACGUUCCCAGAGAUGAUGGUGAUGAGAAAGAAAACAGUUUGGCUCAGGAUAAAAAUCCAGAAGAGAAAGAAAGUGAAGGAAGAAGCCAGACUGACUGCAUUGUUCUAUCUGACAUUGAAGGUGAGCCAAAAGAACUAUAUACAGCACCCAGGCACUUCAAUCGCGAAAUGAUGAGCAGCAGUGAGGAGAUAUCUGCAGAUACUGUUCCUGUGAACAUGAAUGAAAGCAGUAACACUGUUCCAGUGGAAGAAAAUGUAGACAAUGAAAGUGCGAAGCAACCAGAAAAAGUGGAUAUCCCCUGUGACAACAAUAUUCCUGUUUAUGAUGGUUUUGCAUAUUGUGCAAGCAAGCAUACUGACAGAGUAUAUCUCUAUACAAAGGAAACAGAACCUUUGAACUCUAAUUUUAUUCCUUUGGAUGUAAAGUUAGAAAACUGGGAGGAUUUACCAGAAAUAUUUCAACAGAAGAAAAACUAUGCAGUGGUUCUGCGGUUUGUACGAGAAUGGUUCAGUUUAAGUGCCAUGAAGCAAAAACUGAUCAGGAAAAGUGGUCAGAUCUUCUGCAGUCCUAUUCUCGCAUUCGAAAGCAUCACAAAGGAACAGCGGAGACAAAGCUGUACUAAAAGAUUCUUAACAAAAGAAGAUGUAGCUGCUGGCUCUCUGAAUAAGGCACGCAGUGAAAGUGGAAGUGUUCGAGUUAUAGCAAAAGAUUCUGCAUUCUUUGGCAAAAAUAAAACCAAAUCUAAUCCAGCAACAGGGGAGAAUUUAAGCAAGAACAGUGUCAACAGUGAGAAAACAGACUGCGACAGUUUGUCUACCUUGCUUAAAGCUGAUGAAAUUUCUCUACAAAUUGGCUACAUUCAAGCAGUGAACCAUGAAGGAAAGCCACUUUGCCUUGCAUGUCAGGAGCCAACAAUCCAGAUCAGCAAACCUCAUGACUCUACAGAUUGGGAUACACGAUUCUGCUCCCCAAAAUGCCAGGAAGACUUUCUGAUCCGUUCUAAUGGCAGCUACAUGAGAUCAAAGGUUUUUGAGGUUGAGCACGGGAUCUGUCAGCAAUGUAAGCUCAAUGCUCAUGAGUUGUAUCUUACUGUGAAAGAUGCACCCAAAGCCCUUCGGAAAAAACGUCUUCAAAGUAUAUGGUUGGCGCAACUUUCCUUAGAUCAGCUGAAUGAAAUUAUUCAGAACCCAAGCGAGGGUCAGUUUUGGCAAGUGGAUCACAUUAAACCAGUCUAUGGAGGAGGAGGACAGUGCUCACUUGUCAACUUACAGACACUCUGUACCGUGUGUCACAAAGAGAGGACUGCCAAACAAGCUAGAGAGAGAAGCGAGGCAAAGCGAUUGUCAAGCGCUUUAAAAUUUGGGUCCGACAUCACAAGAUUUUUUGUCAAGAAAUGAUGUAAAAUUUAAAGUAACCAGGAGAAGAAAUUCAAUAUGUACCAUGUAAAUGUAAUUUUUUACCUCUGUAUAGGAUGUUGAUAUCCAAAACACUUCCUUUAUAUUACCUGCUAGUUUUUCACUGCGAGAUUCUACAACUCACUGCUUGGCAGGGUGCAUUGCCACAAGUGUUGGUGAGUCAUCAAACCUGGUCCAGGACCCAUUCUUUAUUACAAGUCUGCAGUGCCACUGAGCUAUUCAUUCUACUGUGGAGAACAUUGCAAUCAGGCCUCUUGCCUCCAACAGGGGUCACUACAUAGCAAUCAGUAGGUUACUUCUGAUGUGUGUAUAAUUUGUGCAAUUACUGAUGUAUAAGAGAGAUUGUGGUAGGGGCUUGAUGAUCUGUGGCUUGCUUCAAUGAGCCCUCCAACGUACUUUGACAUUUCAUUGCUGAGGGAGGUAAAAAGAAAGACUAUGGUUCCUAAAACUGUGGUACCCAAUGAUCCUGAACAUUGGGAGUCCUGUGGCUUA